AUGGCCGCCGAGGAUGUGUCUCCGCUCACCUCGCCGCCCGUCCUCGCGAGGGACAGCCGCGACGACGACUAUUACGCCCACGCCCACACGGGGGUCGUCGUCACCCCCCACGCCCUGGAGGAGAGGCUCUCGGAGGCGCCGGAGGACAGGGAUUCCGCGGGGGACAGAGCCAGCGCAGGGAGGGGCGCCUCCACCUCCCCGCCCACACACAGAGCGCCCGUGUCCAGCCCGCAGCUCAUGAGGACGCCCCCGGCCCACAGCCCCCACAGACUGAGUCCCCCCCGCCCACACGCCCGAAGACGACCGCCCACCGAGCCCUGCAGCCGCCCACACGAGGAGCCGAGCGCCCCUCGCCUUCUCCAUCGACCGCAUCAUGGAGCCGACGCCCAAGAGAGCCAAGGUGACGGAGGUGAGGCUAUGGGCGCCGGGGGCGUGUUCCCUUCCUCGAGUGCCACCGAGGGCUCUCAGCAAGCCACGCCUCUCGCCCCGCCUCCAGCCCCGCCCACGACCGCCCACCUUAGCCCGGCGCCCGCCCACAGACUCACGCCCCACGCCCUGUCCGCCUUUACGAGACUGGACCUCCUGAAGGCGCGGUCGCAGUGCCAGGGCGCCACCUCCUGCACCUCCUCGCUCCUCUACACGUCGGCAUCGACGAAGGGCGUGCCGGACGGGCCCCCCCCUCGCCCCUUCGACCUCUCCAUGGGCUCCUCCCCCCGCGUCUCCGCUCCCGCCCACGCCCCCACCUCCACCACCACCACACAUACCUCCAGCGUGGGCGUGCAGGACCUCAAAUCGCCCUCUUCAGCGCCUCCGUCGACGUCUCCGGGGGCGCCGCCCACUAGGGGGUCGAGCUCCCCCGCGGCGCUGACCCCCCAGGCGAGGGUCGUGGGGGGGGAGGCAGUGCCCCCCUCCCCUGCGCCGCGCGUCGACCCCAGCGCCCACGCUGACGGCACCGCCCCUCCUCCUCCCGCCCCUCCCCCUCCCCCUCCUUCCGGUGGUAUCAACUCCUCAAGCCACGCCCCCAAUUCCGUCACGGUCACGCCCAUCAAGAAGACCCUGGGCACGGGGGGCGUGACGAAACCGGCCAAGACGUUCACCUGCCCUGAGUGCGGGAAGGUGUUCAACGCUCAUUAUAACCUGACGAGACACAUGCCCGUUCAUACUGGCGCUCGGCCCUUUGUGUGUAAGGUGUGUGGCAAAGGUUUCCGCCAAGCGUCCACUCUCUGUCGCCACAAGAUUAUCCACACGUCGGAGAAGCCACAUAAAUGCCCUACGUGUGGGAAGUGUUUCAAUAGGUCCUCCACCCUGAACACGCACGUGCGCAUCCACCAGGGCUACAAGCCGUACGUGUGCGAGUUCUGCGGCAAGGGCUUCCACCAGAAGGGCAACUACAAGAACCACAAGCUGACGCACUCGGGCGAGAAGGCCUACAAGUGCCAUGUGUGCAACAAGGCCUUCCACCAGAUCUACAACCUGACGUUCCACAUGCACACGCACAACGACAAGAAGCCCUUCCAGUGCUCCAUCUGCGGCAAGGGCUUCUGCAGGAACUUCGACCUCAAGAAGCACAUGCGCAAGCUGCACGAGUCCUCCUCCGUUCAACAUGGCACACCCGCACCCACACCCGCACCGACCCCUCCCCACGCCCACCAGAUGGCAUCCCCGCCCAUGCCCCCGCCCACACUCCCACGCCCGCCCAUUGUUAGCCGAGAGAAAUCGACUGUACCCUCCGCCAGUACCCAUUGUUCCACUCGCGACAACCAUGUGUAUAGAGAGGUCUUUAGUGAUGGUUAUUGUCCGUUUAAGAUGGCCGGUCGGCCAACCGAUGCUCCCAACGGCGUCCUGGCUAUUACACGCUCCCUCGCAACAGCGGGCGAGAAGGUCGACGCUCCCCUUCACGCACCAGAUCGCCCGAGAGCCACGAGGGACGUAAGCCGCGCGGGGGGUGUUGGAAGCGGCUUAAUCUCGUCCUUACGGUAUAGAGAGCGUAAGGGUCAAAAUCACCCCCCGGCCGAGACGCGAGUUGCGGUGGCCUUUGAUGCGGGAUUCUCACAUAAACUAGAGUGUAAGUUUGAGAGACAUUUUGAGUGGCGGGAAGAGCAAGGGGAUAGGGGACUUAUGCCGAGGGCUGGUAAGGGCGGUUCUGGCUUGUCUUUGCUCGGGUUUGAGGCCUUGUUCCCGCGGAAGUCAGGUAAUCAGGCAUUUUCACGGCAGACUCUGAGCUAA